AUGUCGCAUACGCAGGAAUUACCAACGACCCAGUCGGUUACGCAGGGGAGGCGAAUCAAAGCCGUCUUCUUCGACUUUAUGGGAACGUGUCUAGAUUGGCAUAGCGGAGUCACCAACACUUUACCGGUAGCUAUAGCGGAGGCAACCCGCUCCAGAUUGGCGCUUGAUUGGCGCGAGGAGUUCUUUAAGGAGCUGCACGCUCGGUCCCAACAGGGCCUACCGCCUGAGGAUAUUGACAUCACACAUCGAAAAACUUUACUUGGAGUCCUGGGUUGGGAUAUCUACAAGGAAGAGCGCUGCCAUUUUGUUGGGCUCGACAACGACGGCGGGCCUACAGGUGUUGUCGAUGUUGUUGCCCCGGACGGCGGCACGGCUGCUAUCGAACGCGCUGUGCGUUCGUGGCACAGUAUGGCUCCAUGGUCGGAUGUUCGCCCUGCGCUAACCGCGCUGAAGAGCAAGCUAGGGCUGGAGCUAUUUGUACUUGCCAACGGGACUACGAGGCUCCAGCUCGACCUAGUCCGAUCUUCCGGUUUAGAUGGUAUCUUUAGCUUGUUGUUCUCCAGCGAACUUCUAGGCGUCUAUAAACCGGCGCCGGAGGCCUACGAAAAAGCGUUAAGGCUGGUGAAGGUCCGGCCGGAUGAGGCCGUCAUGGUCGCAGCCCACGCAUACGAUCUCAGGGCGGCGAAGGCCCUCGGUAUGAAUACGAUGUAUGUGUAUCGUUGGACGGAUGACCGUAGCGAGGAUAUGGAUGUUGUUAGAAGAGAGAAUGAUAUGUUCCUCGGUGAAAGUGAGAACGGAAUGGAAGGGUUGUAUUCCGCUAUCGAGGCCUUGAAUUAG